AUGCUUUCAGAGGGCGCAAGAUUGGUCGGCGAGAGCGGCAAGAGCUAUCUAGCAGUUAGCCCAUUGGGCCAAAGCAACGUCUGGACCGCUGUCGAACAGAGCAACGAUCCCAAGAAACCAGUCCAAGUGGUCGUUAUCAAGGAACCCGGUGAAGUCGACACACAACCAGGAUGGCCUAGCUUCCAGAACGAGAUGGUCAUGCACGAAGUCUUCAAGGACUCACCAGCCAUCAGACAACAGAUUGACAGAAUCCCUCCUACCAGAGCCGGUGGUCCGCCAAUGAUUGUCUUGGAGAUUACCGAAACCACCCUCUGGACCGCACGUACGAAAAGGCCCAUGUCUCUCGCUGAGAUCAAGACUGUCGCCAAAGAUGUACUCAUAGGUCUGCGCGACGUACAUGCUGCUGGUCUAGUAUAUGCAGACCUCAAGCCCCAGAACAUCAUGGUCGACGGCUUCAAUGCUGAAUCGGAAGAGAAGGACGACCAUCUAAAGGCGAAACUAGGUGACCUAGGUCUUGUCAUGGAGCCCAUGAACGGCAAGGUCCAGCCCAUCACGUACCGCGCUCCCGAAGUCUACCUCAAAGGCGACAUUACCUCUCGAGUCGACGUGUGGGGCUGGGCUCUCAUCUACUGUCAUUUGCUCGAAGCUCGCACCCGCUUCUCCAAGACUGGUCUCUACGACGACCUCGAAACCAAGAACGGAGGCAUGGCUGAAAGGGAAGAAGCUGUCAAGAGCGCUUUGAUGAACGACUACAAACUGCAGAAUGAUCCCGUCUAUGGAAAUUGGGAACUUUUGCGCCAACGCGGUCUGGAAGAUGGGGAAGUUGAUUUCCUCAGAUGGGUCCUGAAGGCCGACCCCUACCAGCGCCCGACUGUCACCCAAAUCCUGGAGAGCGGAUGGCUAGACAAGUCUGCAGAAGAAAUAGCUGCAGGAUUCACUCCUCCUGAGUUUGAGCACCUAGAGUACGAUCCUAAGCGUGCCACACCAGACGAGGUCGCUGCACAAGAAAGGCAAGAGGCGACCAAUAACAAGCAGGACCAAGGUCACUAUUUCAGCCAGCCCCAGCGAGAUACCAGACCCGUCAUGACGGAGAAGCGUUUCCACAGCGCUGAAGACGAGGUACCUGUCAAGAAGAUGUACGUGUCCGACGACUCAUUGACGGCGCCAACGAGCUCGUCACCCGUACGAUCCUCACCCCUCAAGAACGUGGAAACGAGCUCAACAUUACAGCCCACCCCAUUCAAAGACGUGGGCUCCUACUUCCAGGAGACUGCCGCCCCAGUUACCUUUGGCAGCAAUGGCUCUACCCAGAGCACUAUGGCUGCUUCUCCGUUCAAGAGCGUGGACACGACUGAGUCCAAACCCAUUCCUUCACCCUUUGCAAGCUCUACGGAGAGCAAGAUGGCUUCAACCGAACCCAUGGACAUGAGUGCCAUGAAUGACGCCUCAGCACCUGUGCCAUUCAAAAAUGUCACAAGCAAUCAACCCACCACACAAAGACCUCCUUUGAACACGAGCAACACUGGUACCUUCUUGUCGUACAGAUAG